AUGAAGCUGUCCGCAAGAUUACGCGCGUCGGUGGAGGACCUAAUUCGGCAUUUUCGAGCCGAAAAGCGCUGGAGGCGCUUGCUCAAGGCCUUUGGGACGAGCACCUACAUGAUACCCCUCCAGCUAGUCUUCGCCCCUCCAUCUCAGCGAGCGGGUUCGCUGAUUGAGAGCCAGAGCCUGAUUCUCCAGGGCGGCGUCAUCGGCGUUGCUUGGGGCGCGCUUGGCCUGUACCUCGCCGAUCUGGUCGAAGACGGAAACCGUGGGGCCGCCCUGGGGAUCCGGGCCCUCUUCCUCGGCAUCGUCACCCUGGUCCACGGCUUCUUGCGCUCAAACACGCCCAAGCUCUUCGGCUUAGUCUACUUGAUGCUCAUGGACUCAUUUGCCGUUCUGAUCUCGAGCUACAACAAUCUCAGCGUUUCGCUUGUGACCUCUAUCCUGUACCCCACACUCACAGGCCAUGGCAUCAUUCUUCUCUUUGGGUAUGCCCUCUUUCCCGAAUCUUCGGCGAGUUAUCUCGGCGAGACCACCAUCAACAUCCUCUCCGACACAUUGGAUACCUUGACCGAAGCCUCUACCUGGUUUAUCGCUCCCGAGAACGAGCUCGAGCACGCCCUUUCCAACCCCCUCAUGAGGGCCCCCACCGCGGACUCUAAUUUGACGCAGCUUUCUCACGAUAGUAGAACUGCCGAAAUCACGGCGCUUCCUCGCAUGAGAUCCGUCCUACAAAACCCUCUGGCGCAUGUGCGCUGGGGGAAGCCGGACAAGAAGAGUAAGCAACUUAAAAAUGAGAAGAAGGAGAAGAAGGAGAAGAAGAAGAAGGAGAAGGCGAUGAAGAAAGCGUUGAAUGAUGACGCGCGAGUCGAAAAAGAGGUCAAGGAGUCCGAAAAGGACAAAUCUGACAACGGCGAGUCGGAGGCGGAAGAAGAGGGAGAAGAAGAAUCCGCUCUUGAGGCCUUGACAAAGGCCAAGGGCGAUCUACGCCAUACCUUGAGCGGAUGCCAAACCGCCCAAAGAGAGGUCAGCUUCGAGCUCUCGUUCUCGGCCCUGCCCCUCGAUGUUAUGCGCCCCAUCACGACGGAAGGCAUGGCGAACCUCGUCCAGGAAACCAUUCGCGUCGUGGGCGCUUGCGAAAAUAAACUCGUCAUGAUCGAGGACGACAAGUUUGCCACCGCCCAAGGCGACGAGGGCCCCUGA